GAGAGUUUUUUCGUAGCAACGCAUACAGAUCUGUAGCCUAUUACAACUUAGUAAAUCGGCAUCACAAUAGUUACACAACAGCAAUGGAAGUCGCGAGAGUAGGAAAUAAUGUGGUGUAGCCGCUUAGCAAUGUACUGAGGCAGAGGCUGAGACGUCGUUUAGAGUUUAGUUCCUUGUGGACCUUGGCGGGAGCAAGUUCUUUCCGUCUGUCCGGUAUUCCAAACAUCUUGACCGCACCGUAGGCUAACUGAUAGUAUUACAGUGAAGUUUCUCUGUUUUCAAUAAUACAUUAAACGUCGAAGCGUUCGACGACUUUUGAGCGCUGAUAAAGUUGGUCUUCAGGUGCACAGCAUCCAAGCAAUCUUCAAAGAGCGGAUUAUCCUUUCUAGAGGAAAAUGCCGACACUGGACAACUGUUGUGGGAUUUGGUCCCUAAAAGUAGGCACAAUAUUGAGCGGACUCCUUGGAAUUAUAAUUGGAGCCAUCACAUUGAUAUUUGUUUUCACAACGAAUGUUAAGCUACAAACCAUAGUAAUUGACACGCUACCGCCUGAUGUAGUGAAAAUUAUUCUGGCGGUGAACCUCGUCAUGACGAUGCUAAUAUCAGCUCUUCUCAUUGUUGGAGCAUUAAAGCGAAACAGAUUCAUGAUGCUACCGUGGGUGAUCCUGGCCAUAAUGCUUGCUAUUGGUCUGGCUAUUUCAGUGAUUUACACAGCCAUUGUAUUCUUCAUCCAUAAAGUAAUAAUCGGUGGUAUCCUAUGGCUAAUAUUUGGCCUCCUUGGUGUAGCUGUCUACGUCUACCUGUGGUUCGUUGUAUUCAGUUACUACCAGCUAAUACAAGAGGAGAAGGGAAGAGGGCCUUACAACAGGAACAUGUACAAACGUUGAAACACCCAAAUGCCACACAAAACUUGAACGUGUGUUUUUGACUGAAGCGAAGUUGUGAAGCAAUAGCUACUCCGUGGGAAUGCAGAUACCAGUCUUCAAAAAAUUGAAAAUGUGAAAGUGAUUUUAUUAACUACGGUUCACUAACAAAAUUAUAGUACAGUUGAGAAUGUGGAAAGUGAUGAGUGAAAUGUAUCCUAUUGGGAACGGUUCUUGGUAGGGAGAAAAUAUGGGAAAAAAGCACGAUAUUUCUCUAUAUUAAAAAAAAAUUUAAGGACAAGGGACAAGAGUUAGACUUUUAGAACUUAUGUGCAAUAUAACAAGGCAGGCGGAUGAAAUAUUAUAGAUAACGUUGGAAUUAGCCUGGUUGAAAACCUAAUAUAAGGUGUAAUGUAGUUCAACUGGUUUUCUUUGAGAGGUUUUAUUGUUUAUUUAUUUUACUGAAAUAAAAACAGUAAAUUUACACCUACAAUAGGGAUAUGAUAAAUUGUAUGACAUUAUGCCGCUGUUUUGAAAACGAUUAAUCCACGAAUAUUACAAAAUAGUAUCCGUGAAUAAUUAUUCUAAUGAUUAUGAAUUAGUCUGACACUGAGAUCUCUGAAUGAAUCUCGAGAGAAUCGAAUAACUUUCUUGUUUUAAAAUUCAAAAUAUUGAUAAGAGAGUUAUUUGAAAAUAGGUGAUUAGUGACUACAUCUUAAAUUAUUUUUUGGAUAGAGAUUUGUUAAUAACAUGUCUCCUAUCUUAUUAUAUCUGAUAAAAUCCCUUUUUUUUAAACAAUCAAACUUGGGAUAAGUAUCAAUAUUCUGAUUACUAGCAUUAGUGGAUUUCCACUUCAACCUGUUACACACUAUGAUAACACCAAUGGCUUUAAUAACAUAAUAUACCAAAUAAUAAUAUUAUUUUAUACAGUACUAUAUUAUAGUACUGUAUCAAUCUUUUUAUUGGCUUAUAGUAGAAUAUUUUUGUAUAGUAAUGUAAGAUAUUCGUCAAUGAAUUUGUUUGGUGAAUAUAGAAUACCCUAACUAGUUUAUAAGUGCCAUGAAAGAUAUUUCCUAAAACAGUUAAUAUAAGUUUAUUUAUUAUAAUGUUUUAAUUAGUUUAUUGAUAAAAUUAAGGUGGAUCUGUUUGCAUAAAACGCUUAAUUGUAGAUAUUCAAAUAUAGAGCUUAGUUUUUGAUAGUUUUAAGAAUGCAUUUAUAAAUACGUUGAUUACCUAAUUGAAUCACAGCAACGAAUAACAGCAAUGUGUGUUCAAAAUAUCAAAUGAAUUAAAAUUGCAGUAACCCUAUAAUAUAACGCAAAUUCAGAAAGGCAAAAAUUUGAACUAUUUAUAGAAAUCAGGAAAAAAGUUCAUGUCUGUGUUUGAUUCGUGUUUUCUAUCAAGUUAAAUGCUUCAGAUUUCAUAUAUAGAAAGAUCUUUACAUGAAAAGAAAUUGCAAGAGUCAAUCUCAAAUGUAUUAUUGUAGUUAUCACUUAUUUAUUAAAAUUUAUUUUACUAUUUAAGGUAGCUAAAAUGCAUGAAUAUAAUUAGGCCAUCAUUUAAAAUUAUUUAUUUUUUUAAUAAUUUUCUCAAUUUUGGUUUGAACUCAAAGCACAUAAUUUUAAUAAUGAAUUUAUGCUGUUUCUGAAAGUCAAGCAUUAUGGUGAAGGGAACUAUUGCUAACACCAUCACUUGAUUGCAAAGUUAAUCCAAUAACAUUUUGUUGAAUAUCAUCGCUUGAAUUCUAACAAUACGUGUGUUAAAAACGUUGUGAUUUUUCCAAUAAUUAUGCAAAACUAGAACAUAUCAUAAAAUAAAUCAUUUACAUUUAAGAAUUGAAAACUAUCGUUAUUAACUGAUUAACUAUUCACUAAAGGCACCAUUGUUUCGAUAACUAUGUCAGAUCAAUAAAAUGUUGAUAUACAUGCUGUUGUUAGAAUUUAAGCGACGAUAUGUAAAAGAUUCAAGCAAUAAACGUUACUCAUUUCCAAUUAGUUAUUAUUUGUUAACACAUUGUUAUAAAUUGUUUAACUGGAAAAAUAUAAAUUAAAACUUUAAUAUUGUUAUUU